AUGGCAGCAACAACUCAACAACCUGUCGUUAUCGUCGGUGCCGGCCUCGCCGGUCUCUGUGCCGCGUGGUCGGCGUUGUCGACCGGCGCAUCCUCCGUUGUCGUUCUUGAACGCGCUAUCAAGCCUGGCGGCAACAGCAUGAAGGCUUCCUCUGGCAUCAACGGUGCGCCGACUCGGUUUCAAACAAGUGCAGUUCCCGACACUGCCUUCUUCUCUGACACCAUAAUGAGCGCCGGUCGACGGCUAUCUCACUCAGGACCUGAGAAGGAGUGGCGGCAAAGGCUCAUCAGUCAGCUCACCAACAGUUCUGCAGCAGCUGUUGGCUUUCUGGCCGAUGAUAUCGGCGUUGAUUUGAGUGUUGUUGCACAGCUAGGCGGUCACAGCAGGGCACGAACCCAUCGCGGCGCUGGGAAAACACCACCUGGUGCCGAUAUUGUGACAAGACUUCUGAAUAAGCUCCGGGAGGAUGGCCGGUUCGAGCUCAGAACGGGCUGCGAAGUCACGAGACUUCUAACGUCACCGUCCCAACCACAAUCUGGCAGCAUUGACGUCCUUGGCGUUGAAUAUCGCCAUGACGCCCAUGUCACUCCCAUCGUAGGGCCGGUGGUCUUCGCUACGGGUGGCUUUGCUGGUGACGCUGAAGGUCUACUGGGCCGGUACCGACCGGACCUUACCGGUCUACCCUCGACCAACGACCCCAGACCAGGAGUGCACGAUUUGCUUGCCAACGUGGGUGCCCGUCUGGUUGACAUGGAUAGCGUGCAGGUGCACCCAACGGGCUUUAUUGACCCCGCCAACCCUCUCCUUCCUGUGAAAUUCUUGGCUGCAGAGAUGCUUCGUGGAGUUGGUGCCAUCCUUCUCCGUGACGGCCACCGGUUCGUCAACGAGAUGGAAACGCGUGAACACGUCAGUCAUGUCAUCAUGGACCGUUUACCAACGAACGAUACGCCUAGGCAGUGGAGCGUACAACUUUUGCUAGACCCUGGGACAUGCAAGGCUGGAGCGUCACACGUUGCAUUCUACCUAUGGAAAGGCCUUCUUGUGAAGAAAAAGAUUUCGGAGCUGGAUGAGGCGACCAGAGAUGCAGUACGAACAUACUCUCUUGCUAUCACGGGCCAACAACCGGACCAAUUUGGACGGCAGACUUUUGGUCAGUGGGAGCUGAAAGGAAACGAAGACGACUUUGAGAGCCAAGAGGUCUGUGUGGGUGAUGUUACACCAAUAACACAUUUCACCAUGGGCGGCGUGGCCAUCGACGAAAUGGCCCGGGUCCUAUCUGCACCGACUGGCUCCACGACGUGGAAUGCUGUGAAAGGGUUGUGGGCAGCUGGCGAAGUUACUGGUGGUAUUCAUGGCGACAAUCGGUUGGGCGGGUCUUCGUUGUUGGAAUGCGUUGUCUUUGGGCGUCUUGCUGGGGAGCAAGCCACCUUGUCCUUUGCCAAAACAUAG